AUGUCGAACGGUAGACCAAAGCCAUUGAUCCCGGAGUGGCAACGUACAGCCCAGACAAAGCCUGCGCCCACCGAAGACCCAGUGUACAGCCAGCCGGAGGAGAGUCAAGGCCAGCAAGAUACCGAGUCGGAGCUGAAGGAGGUUUCAGUAGCUCCAACACCUACAGAGGAUGAUGUCGAUGGCGAGGCAAAAACUGCAGAGCCAGCAGAGGAUGCGCUCAAGGACGCGCAACCUGCAGAAGCCGCUCAAGUCAACUCCGGCAACAGCUUCGGCGUCAACGACUUCGAGAUGUUCAGGCAACACGAGCAGCAGCAGAUCCGGCCGACAACGACUGCGCAGGCAUCGCUACCGCAACAGAGACCAGCCGCGCCUCCCAUAAUAACAUAUCCGGAGUUCCUUGUCGAGGCACAUAAGCCUCCACCUCUCAUCACACCUUCGCGAGUCUUGAACUUCACCUAUGGUGCAGGAGCUGUAGCUGCACUAUUAUACGGUGCCAGCAAAUGGAUACUCAAUCCUAUGCAAGACGGCUUGAGUGAAGCAAGCCACGACUUCUUCACACACAGUCAGAGCAAGGUCGAUGAGCUCAAUGAGCGCCUGUCCAAGAUUGUGACGAAGAUUCCGGACACGAAGAAGGAUGGCACGGCAUCCGAGAUCGAUGCCGAUGAGACAGACAGCGAGACCAGCGAUCCAACCGAGCUGUAUCACCGAGACAUGGGCACACAGACAUCUCCACCGCCAACGCGACGAUCGUCUUUGCCAGGUGGUACUGCACAAGAGAAGAAGGAUCCCGUCACGUACCAAGUGGGUGCUUUGGACAUAAUGAAGAGUCAUCUUGAUGAGCUUGCUGCGGGCUCUGAGAAGACUGCGGAAGCAAACAAGGAUCGGCAAGAGACAAUGAACAAGCUGAGGCACUAUCUUGAUGGCUUGACAUACGGCGGUGGCUCAUACGUAUGGCAAUCAAGCGAAGACGCCAUGGCGUUGAGAAAUGGUAAUGACGGCAAGAAUGACGAGAUUGAACACUUCAAGAAGGAGAUUCGUGCCGUCAAGGGUCUUCUGCUCAGUGCGAAACGCUUUCCAGCAGCGAGUCGACCAGUCGCUGGAGCUGCAUAG